AUGAGACCGCGAAAAAUGAGGUCUCCCAAUAUUCUCAUCCUGAUCGUUUUCUGGGUCGCGACGUCAUCUGGAUUCCCUCUCGAAGAAAAGUUCGAGGGGCUAUUUAGAGCCGAGCCACCACAUUGUUCAAAAACGCCGAUUGUCAGGGCGCAGACUUCUCAAAAUGCCAUGUCAUCGAUCGCUCGUGGAAUGCAAAUGCAGUUCUCCAUCGGAUUACACACCGCGGUUUGUUUCCGGCUCUUUGAAGAUACUCGAUUGGCCUCCACCUCGAUGAACGGGAUUGGAGACGAUGAUGCUGGAAAUCAGACAUCUCUUCUUCACACAAUCCGAUUGGAGAAGCUGGAGCAUCAUCAUCCGAUCACCCAACGCUACAUCUUCGGUAUCCCCGAAGUCCACGCCAGCUGCAUCUGCGAAUGCGAUGCCACCGCAUCCACAUGCACGGCCGAAUCCCAUCAAUUCACCGCUUGUCCAGAAUCCGACAAGUCAGAUGAAUCCACGGCAUGCUACCGUACCUUCUUCCCGAAUCAGACGCCAAUCGGGUGUAGUGAAGAUGAUAGUCCGAAGCUUUGUUGUGAUGUUAGGUUCAAGCCUUAUAAAAAUAUGACAUUCCUGGCUGUCAAGCUGGAACAGCCUACCACCUAUGCCACAUUCGUCUACGCUGCUUAUGAUUUUGUAAAUGGUUACUGGGUGGAGAAGGAUAAGACCACCAUUCGAUCCCAAUUGGAUGGAGGAACCCAGGAUAGACAUUUGGAUUCGAAAAGAAGGAUUUCUCUAGCUGUAACCGCCGGAGGCAGAGCGUCUCAUCAAUUGGAGACUGGUAUGUACUUCUCAAGAACCAGCAAUGGAGGAGAGACUGAGGAAUUGAGAAUGCAGCCGUUGAACGAGAUCACUGAUAAUAAUUUCGACCGCCUUGGAUGGUACCGAAUGGAUGAGUCUGGGCACUUUCAUGUUAAUAAUGGUGUUGUAAAAAUGGAUGAUAUUCAUAAAGCCAAGGUGAAAAAUUGCAAGGAGCAGACGUAUAGGUCGAUUUUGGCUGCGAAUAAUUAUGUGAGUUUGUUUUCGACAACUGUAGAUUGCUCAUUGAGCUUACCGUAUCGUAAAGAAGCCAAAGAAAUGCCCGGACAUUUUAACUUGAGCCGUCCUCUGGAAGUCAGCAAGCCGUGGAUCCAAUCCGCUCGAAUUUUUGAUAGCUCCUCCCGUCAAGCAGUGGUAACUCAUGCCGAAGGAACAAACCUCCAGAUUUCGAUUCAUUUGGACGACGAAGUUGAAUCCCAAAACCUUGUGUUCUUCCACAACGCUUCGCGCAUCCGUGAAUUCUCUGGAUCCAUCAUCGUCGACUCGAAAUCCAACCGACUUUUCAACCUGACCGUCUACGAAGCGUCAGGAAAAAUCGAUGGAUCUGUGAAGAUGUCAACCGGGUUCGGCUCGGACACAAUUCACACGUUCACCGCCUACGUUAGCGAUUUGCACGCAGCUAAUCGAUCAAUGAUCAUUCCAUUGCCAGCGAUUGUUGGACCAGGAGCAAGAACAAUUUGUCUUCGUGCCGAUUCAAUGGCUGAUAUUGAUAGCAUUUGUCACGUUGUCGAGUAUUUCGAGAGUCCGCUCGAAAUUGAUUUGGUAGAAGGAAAAUGGCAUGAGAUGAUUGGAACUUGUCCGACUUGCAAUCAAAUCAAUUUCAAUGGAAUGAUGAAGUUCUUGAAUCCAGCCCACUGGAUCAAGGGAAUCAGUUCGAUAGGAGAUGGGGUUAUGAUUGCGACGGACAUUGUUGUCUACCUCGGUGUUCUUUGUAUUCUCUAUCUGUUGAUUACCAAGAUCAUCAUUCCGCUGGUAAGGUGCUGGGUUUGCCCUAUGUCGAUUUGUUGCUCCGGUGGAUCGGGAUCCUCGAAGAACAAGAGUGAGAAGAGAAGGAGAGGGAGAGAUGAGAAGCGUAGACGGGAAAAUUCGUCAAGUGCAUCUCCAAAUGCUUCUCCAAGACGUACACAUGCAUCUCCGAGAGAUGCUCAUGACACCCUUGCCCGCUACCACGGAGGAUCUGAUCGUUCCUACUACAGUAGCAGUCAGUACAUCUAA